CUAUCUUCCAAAACCAUAAUGUAGCUAGCUCCGUGCAGCGUGUUCAGCCGUGGUUCUGGCUGGCCCCUGUCCCCAGCUGAUCGACACUUCCAAAUUCCGCGGCUCCACGACCUCCGGCCACUUGAUAAAAGGGCUCCUCCACCAGCUAUUCCCGGCAGUCAUCCCGGUCCUGCCUUAUUCUUGGCGCCAGUCAUCAGUUCCACAGCUCCACACCCACACAAACACGUACGUACGUAGUAGAACAUGCCAAUGGAGAGGUCCAUGUCCUGCGCCGAGCGGAGCACGUCCGUGACGGCGCCGGCGAACGACCUCCGGUGCCACAGCGCCUCCUACGCCGCCUCCUUCGCGCCGGCGGCGCACAAGAAGAUGCAGCGCGCGAAGAGCACCCUUUCUUCAUCUUCCUGGUCGCGCGCGGUGGCGCCCGCCGUGCAGCGGAGCGGCAGCACCAAGACCGUCUCCAGCCCCGCCCCGGGCCUGAACCUCCGGUGCUACAGCGCCUCCUACUCCGCCUCCUACAACCCUCUCUCCGGCGGCAGCACCCCGCAGGCCAAGGGGCCCAGCACCGCCGCCGCCCCCGUGUGGUGCAACGCCGGCCGCCGCUCCCUCAACCUCCGAAGCUACACCCCCUCCUUCGCCGCAUUGGUCGACGACGAGGCCCCAGCCAAAGUCCCGGCCAAGAAGGCGGCUGUAGCGGCUGCUCCCGGCGACGACGCCGAGGCGGAGCUGCAGAGGAAGAAGCGGCUGGUGGCGUACAAGGUGUACGACGUGGAGGGGAAGGUGAAGGGGUCGGUGCGGCGCAGCGUCAAGUGGAUCAAGGGCAAGUGCUCCCGCGCGGUGUACGGCGGCAUGUGAUCCAUCUUGCUCUGCUUCCGGCUCCGGCACGAGCUAUUGUUGAGCUUGGUCCUUCGAUCUACUACGUAUGAGCUAGAGUCUGCUCCUCUGCUUGCUCCCUCUUCCAUUUCUCCUUCUCGAUCGAACUAGUAGGAUUUUUGACGAUAUUUCUGAUGUGCCCUAGUAUGACAUAUGUACAGUAGUAUGAGCGGUGCUUCUCUUGGAGUCUUGCUUGGCCGCGCGCCGAGAGGAGUUGGUCUGUGUUGUCCUUGUACAUACCUGUAUACAUAUGGAUCCGUCCUCUCCUCCCCGUGUACCAUUACCUGCUUGUGUAAUAUAGACGCUAUGUAGAAUAUGUUUUUGGCACUGUGAGAUCAUGUAAAUAAAUAAAUCAUGUGUUACUACUA